AGCAGAACAAAGGAAGCGGGAAACGGAAAAAACCACGCGCGGUUCCGAACGAAGAUGGCAACCGUCCCCCCGCUCGAUCCGACUACUCGAAUUCGGACGCGAAACUUAAUUAGUCGACAAAGGUCGCGCGGCGCUCCGCGAAGGCGCGGCGGCAACCCCAUCUACGCAGGCCGCCCGCCGCACUCCGAUUUCAAGCAGGAAUCACGGACCAACCCGAUCCUCCCGCCCAUAGAUACUCUCCCUCCACGCAUCGCCUCAUCUGACCACCUCGCUGCAAACCAAGAUCCGCAUCUGCCGAUUAGGGUUUACUACGAUUGGUAUUUGGUGAGCAGCUUCGAAAGGGGAUGGGUACGGUCGGCGCUUGGAGGCGAGCACAGGAUGGUUCCGUCACUACCGGUGAAGCCGUCGAGGACCUGGAUCGAUCUCCCAUCGCCGCCGGCGGCGGCGGCGGCGGCCAGCACGAGGCUCCGAACACCGCGGGCACACGGGCCGCGCCCAUUGACGUCGAAGCGCUAGGCGACGAGAGGAGGUCGAGAGCUAAGAUAAAGCGCCGUGUGGUUGUUGUGGAUCUGGAGGCGGAUGCUGAUCAGGAAGGUUGUGGUGAUGCAAGAACAACAUUUAACCGUCUCAGUGGGAACAAAAGGCGGAAGGUUCCACCUGUUAUAUCCCUUUCUCCGGACAGGGAAGAAAGAUCCAGCAAUCAGCGAAACAGCACGGUGCGAGUCAGUAGACCAAGUGCCAAUGCUGCUCCAAACGAACCGACGUUCACUUGCCCGGUGUGCCUGAACAAGAUGGAGCUGCCGUCCGCGACAAGCUGUGGCCAUGUCUUCUGUGAGAAGUGCAUCAAGGCGGCCAUCAAGGCCCAGAAGAAAUGCCCUACUUGUAGGAAGAGGCUAGGGCCGAAGAGCUACCGCCGAGUUUACCUACCUGCAACUGCUGAUCAAGUCUGAGCUUAAAGUCCUCCCUUUUUUUCAGACUAUCUUGGCGGCAAACAGCUUAGGAUGGUGCGCAAUCAAGAAGUUAGAGCCGCUGCCUUUUCCAAGUAUUGCAUGAACUUCAUAGCGUGUGACUUGUAUUCUGGAACAGGUCGGUGACUAUAGAUAGAGUGAUGCUCUGGUCGGUUGUGUGCAUUGAUCGAUGCACCACCUGGGGCGCCGCCUUAGUUUUCUUCUAAAAGAUACUGCCUGAUGAUCUUGACUUGAGAUCAUGGUUCUUGAAUUUGCAUGCCCUUCUGAAGUGUGGUGCAAUAGUAGGUUUUGCAUUUUCUA